UUGGAGCUGAGGUCGCCGCCGAGGCCUUCGAGCUUUGGUCCCCGCCCCUACCUCUGACCGUGUUGAAAUUUCGCUCCUCUCCUCACCCUCUGCAGAAGCUAUGAUUCCCCUCCCGACGGCCUUGAAGCGAGUUGGGGGGAAAAGUAUCUUCUGGUUCUAAUGUGAAUUGUGAACUACUGAUAUGUAGAAAAAGAGAAAUUCCACAGAAUUUUAUCAUUAAUAUCUGAAGUCUGUAAAAAGUGUACUUCAGAUUUCUCAUAAUUUUCCUGAAGAAGAGAAUCUGAUAUAUGACUAGAGACCAUUUUUUAUAACAAUGGGGGAAAGAACAAGAAAUUCAGAUUCUGAUCAAGACUGUAAGUCAGAUAAACAUCAUGACUAUUACUAUUCAUCUGAAUUUGAAUCUACUCUGCCAAAGUCUUCUGACCAGUCAUCACUGGUCAAUUGCUAUUCACCUGCAAGUAUUAAAAGACAUAUUUCACAUAAACAAGUGCUUGUACCCCAAGCUCCUAAGAAACCAAAACCUAAGGAUGUACUCAACAGAAAGGGAGUUCGUGUGGGAUUUCAUUCCCAGAACCUCAAUAAGGAGCCACUUCAGAAAGAUAAUGAUCUUGUUACAAAACGGAUUCUUUCUGCAAGACUGCUAAAAAUCAAUGAUUUGCAGAAUGAAAUAACUGAACUUCAUAUCCAGUUAGAUGAACUUACCAAAGAAAAUAAGGCUUUGAAAAGGCUGCAAUAUAGGCAUGAGAAAGCCCUGAGUAAGUUUGAAGAUACAGAAAACCAAGUGUCACAACUUCUUGCUUGUCAUAACAACGAGAUCACAGCACUCAAAGAACGCUUAAGAAAAUCCCAAGAAAAAGAACGCGCAGCUGAGAAAAGGGUAAAAGAUACAGAGGAUGAGCUACUCAGGACAAAAUCCUCCUUACAAAAACUGAAAAGAAUAUCCGAAGCCAGGCAAUUACCUGAACGAGAUGAUUUGGCAAAGAAACUAUUUUCAGCAGAGUUAAAAUUAGAUGACACAGAGAGAAAAAUAAAGGAACUGACAAAAAAUCUUGAGUUAAGUAAUAAUAGUUUCCAACGACAAUUGCUUGCUGAAAGGAAAAAGGCAUAUGAAGUUCAUGAUGAAAAUAAAAUCCUUCAAAGGGAGUUGCAACAGUUACAUACCAAAUUAAAGGAAAAGGAGAGAGAACUGGAUAUAAAAAACAUCUAUUCUAAUCGUCUACCAAAGUCCUCUCCGAAGAAAGAAAAAGAAAUUAUAUCAAGAAAAAAUGCUGCAUGCCAGGUUGAUUUUAUGACCGAAUGUACAAAAGGAGUACAAACCAUUGAAGACUUCAAAAUGGAAGAAGCUUUUGUACUACCACAGACAGUUACAUAUAAUGAACAUAGAUCACAAGAUCCUGAGCAUCUUAAAUGGCUUGCAUCUGAAAAAAAGAAUCUGUUAUGUCAAGAGACUGAUGAAUAUGACAGAGCAGGGGUCAUAAACACAGUGAUGGACAGAGAAAAAAUUUUCAUUAGAUAUCAGGAACAUCAUAUGAAGCAGAACUUUGUGAAGCAAGAAAAUGAGUGGGAAGGAGAAAAAUCAGUUAAAAACCACAAAGAAAACACACUUUUAUUAGAAAAAGGAGAAAAGGCAGCAUUGGAAACUGGCAGAUACCAAACAGAUAUGUACUACAUUCAAAAUACUGAAGAGGAAGAGGAAGAAAGACAGAAGAGAAAAAUGCUAAUUGCUAAGCUAAAUGAAAUUGAUCGAGAAUGCCAAGAUGUCCAGGAUCCCAAAUGUGCUCCUCUGCCACUGUUACCUGAUUUAAAAUCAAAACUGGACUCCUCAGAAAGUAGUCCCACUAAAUACACGUCUUCUGAAUCUGAGAGAUUUUUUAAUGGGCGUCAUAUGCAAGAUAUCAGUUUUUUAACUACAAAAGAUGAUCAGGAUGAAGAAAAUAUUACAAGUCAAGCCUCUUCAAAUGAGAUUUCAUUUGGCAGUUAUGUGCCUUCAUUUGCAAAAACAUCAGAGAAGCCAAGUCCAGUUAGCCAAAAGAGUAGCCUUUUGGAUUUCCAAAAAAACAAUACAGACAAACUUAGUAAAGAUGAUGUAGAUCUAAUUGCAAAAAGAGAGAGAAAAGCUAACCUGAUGGAACAACUAUUUGGAACCAGCAGCAGCAGCACUGUUUCAUCAAAAAAUGGUGAACCACAUCAUCAAAACAAAGAAGACUUUGACCCUCUAAAUUUUCUCCCAGCAGAUAAAAGCAGCAAGGAGAGAGACCAUGAUGAAGAUAAUGACUUUUGCUUCAACGAAGGAAGAAGAUUUACUCCAAACAGACAUAGGUUAACACAUGAAAACCGUAAACCUGCAGUAAAAGUCGUUGAUUCUGUAGAAGAUGAAAUUGAAGAAGUAAUACUGAGAUGACUUAUUAAGCAUAAAUAUUUUUCCAAUUGUACAUAUUAAAAUAUUUUAAUAUGAUAUUUUUAUAAACAUUUAGACUUACAAACAUUUGAAUUUUAAUACUUAAAAUUCCUAUAAGGAAUAUUUUAAUAAAUAUAUUAAAAUAUAAAGUAGAUCACAUUUACUAGGUUGCCAAGAGUGAAGGAUGUGUUUUUGAAUGAAACUGAAAUUAGAAAUAUAUCUUACUUGGUUUAUGCUUAUUUGUUAUGCUUCUUUCUUUCUUUGUUUUUGAUCAUAUUCUUACAAUCUAAAUACACACUUUGCUGCUAAUUGUUGAGUGACAAUUAAGUUAAAUUGUGUUGGGAAGUGUAAUGGAGAAUGAACACUUUUUAGCUACCUUAUUCUGGGUGGUGGUGGUUGGGAUCGGGGGAGAUCCUUUCUUAAAUGGCACAGUUCUUUUAAAUGAAAGCGACAUUGGAAUUUCUCAUUUCUUUGGAAAUAGCCACAGUUAAAUGUUACUCAUUUAAAAUCCCAUUUACAGUCUUAGUGAUCACUUACCUACAACUAACAAGUAACUUACCUACAACUAGGUUGCUGCCACAAAAGGUUGAAUUCAAUAGACAUUUGUCUGUUUGCAUAAACAGAUCAACUGUUAUGCCUCCCAAAGGGUUAGGUAGAGUGUACUCAGUAACUUCUCUCCUUUAUUCUCUUUCUGUCUUAGUGACUGGGUGCAGGAUUUCAUACCAAGUACAAGAAAUAGAGUAAAUUUCAUCCAUAUAGAUUUUUAGAUGAUUAUAUUUCCAAAGUAAUGGAAUCUCGAAAUUUUACAUAUACUUUUUUUUUCAAUGUAGGAGUACUGCUAUUUAUUCAGCCAUUUAAUUAAGGUGAUUGAAUUGGGCAUGAACUCCACAUUACUUUUUUUUAAUUCAGAAUGUUAAUUUUAUUCUAUUAUUUUAUUAUUAUUCUUUUCCCCCUUUUUAUUGGUUCACUGUGAAAUACAGUCACAAAGCUUUCAUGUUUGAGCUUUGGUCAUACGAUCAUCAAACACCCAUCCCUUUAUUAGUGCACAUUUUCCACCCCCAAAGUCCCCAGUAAUCUCCUUCCCAACCCCACCGCCAUUUCAAUCCUUCCCCUGCCUGUGUGGCAGACAAUUUUCCCCAUACUCUAUCUAUACUUUAGUUGCAUUUAAUAUUUCAACGCCAGUCUCACCACCACUCAAACCUGCCAAAAAGGCAAUGCCAGACGAUUUGUUUUGUAUUGCUUAUUAUGAAUGGAAUAUAACGUCCAGGAAAUUCUGUGUCAUUUUCUUCCUAAAGCUUUACUUUAUAGUUUUUGGGUCUUAGCCCUUGAUGUUGAUGAGAUUACAUGGUGCCCAGGGCAGUUUGUGGGUGUGACUGCCAAACUUCUGGAAAACUGGGGACCUGGUGGGAGGAGGCCCAAUCCCGAUUCAAGCGGGCUCGGAGACCUCAGUCACGGGUUCCUGCAUACCUGGGUUUUCCUGCCAGUCCGCUCUUGGGUAAGGCUUGUUCUUGAGUGUGUGGAGAGUGUCCUUGAGCAUGGCAGCAGUUGGGUUCUGGAGGUUUUUGUCUGCUGAAUUCUGUUUGGGGUGGGAGGGGAAACUCAAUCUGUCCCUGUCCGAGGUGCCCCGGUCAGGACAGCCUGGCACGGGGUCAGGAGAUUCUGCAGCACUCUCUACCGGGAGCUUAAGUUUAUGGUCUCUGGGUCUUGGCCAUUGAUGAGAUUACAUGGCCCUGGGGGCAGUUUGUGGGUUUGACUGCCAAGCUACUGGAAAAAUGGGAGUCUGUGGGGAGGAGGCCUAGUCCCAAUCCAAGCAGGCUUGGAGAUCUCAGUCACGGGUUCCCACUUACCUCCGCGCCACUGGCCCUAACUGCAUCCUUGGAUCUCUUUUGAGAUUUAUGGGUCUCUGAAAUAAGGCCAAUAAAUGAGCUUAUAUAAGCUGAGCCAGAGGUGGUUUGUGGGAGUGGCUCCCAUAUACCUAACUUUUGGUCAUUUAAUUUCUUGGUAAACUUGGCCCCAAGUUGUUGGGGUCUGGCCAAAGGCACAGCAUCAGUUUUGGGGUAUCUGGAAGUUUGAAGACACCAUCAGGCUGCUGAUGUACUCACCUCACAGGUACAGGUUGACCUGCUUGCGUCAUCGUACCCCCUUAACAUAUACUUUUAAGAUGUAAACUUACCAUCAAAGAGUAUAAUAUCCUGUUUAACUUGUAUAAUUAAUUUUAAAGCACUGUUGUGAGAACCGUUUCACAGAUGGGGUGUUUACCAUUCUGGGUACGGUAGGUGGAUUUUUGUUGAAAGGUAUUGGAGUUUUGCUAUUUGUAGCUCACUUUGGCUGCCAGGGAGUUGAUGAUUAUGUGAGAAUAGUCUUUAAGAAGUAGUGGUACACCACAACCAUGGAAACUAAACACGUAGAAUGAAGAAUGAUUGAAAUAGCAAGUCAGAGGUCGAAUGAAGAGAUUUAGAUUGGCACUUACUCUAAAAUGAGCUGUUGUUUCAAAAAUUUACUACAUAAAAUGUUCAUGGUAUUUUUUUUAUGCUAAGUGUACAUAUCAUUGAGGGGGAUAAAAUUACUAUUUCACUUGGCUUCUUAUAAAGGCUUAUUAUUCAAUAUCAUUUACUUUAUAGUUUUUGGGUCUUAGCCCUUGAUGUUGAUGAGAUAUUUAAGAAACUUACAUGGUUAGGUGGCUAGUUAAAAUAUAUACCACUGAUAAUCUAAAUUAUGUUCCUAUCAUUUAUUGGGAGCAGAAUCUCCCUAAAGAUCUAAACUGUACUAAAGGUUUUAAAGAAACUUUAUGUCUGAUACAAACAAGAAUUUAGUAUGUUGCACAUCAUUCUAGUAUAUGUGAAAUAAUAUUAUUGAAUUGUAGUUCUUACUACAUAAAAUUUUAUGCAAUGUUAUCAUAGCUGCUAAUUUUUCUGCCAAAAGAAUUCUAAUUUUAGGUAUAAAAAACCUAGUGGAGUUUUAUGUUUAGGUUAUUUAAAUUAAUCUUUUGCUUUUUUCUAUGAAUAUUUUAUAUAUUUUGACCAGAUGCCACAAGACAUAAUUAUUAGAAGGUUAACUGAAGAUUGACUUGUAAAGCUAGAAACAUUAUUAAAAUUGGAGAGUAAAUGUACAGAACAAGUUUUCUUUAUGAACAAGCUUUAGAGAAUAAAUAGCUUUUUUUUUAAUUGUAAAGUUAUUUUUGUUUUUGUACUAGAACUGUUACUAAUAAAGAUGAA